ACCUAUUCGGCCUCUCCAUUGGCUACUCUCCUGUCUGCGUCGUGACGUCUACCCAGGCGCUGCGUGACAGCUCCGUAGGAGGUUUUCACACAGGUUUAGACAGACGGUGUGAGUGUACAAUGAGGAAAGUGGAGACACGAUUGCAAUGAAGUUGUUGAAGCUUAUCUUAUAGAGACAUGAGCUACGCAUUUUACGGCUUUGCUCUUGGGCUUUUGCUCGUGGGUUUGCGGGAUUUAUUGUUUGGUUUCGGGGAGAUCCGAUGCAGCAUGACAUACAUGUUCGAGUACCCAGAAUACCGACGCGUGCAGCUCCCGAGGCGUGUCGCGCGCCUGUACCCAUCAUACGGGCUGUAUCUGUAUGGAGAGGGCGCAUAUGCUCAGGAGAGCAGAGGACUCAAGCUCACAGGAGCACCUGUGCUCUUCUUGCCUGGGAACGCGGGCAGCUACAAGCAAGCUCGUUCUCUGGGUUCAGUGGCGUUGAGGAAGGCUGAGAACCUGGACAGACCAAUCCAUAUGAACGUGUUCACCAUUGACUUCAAUGAGGAGUUGGUGGCCCUGUAUGGGGGCAGUUUGCGCAGACAGACUCAAUUUCUACAUGAAAGCAUCAAAGCAAUCUUGCGGCUUUACAAGGACCGUCCAGACCCUCCCACAGGUGUGGUUCUGGUGGGUCACUCCAUGGGUGGAGUGGUGGCAAGAGCUUUGUUUGCCCUGGCACGUUUCAACCCACACCUGGUCAGCCUUAUCAUCACCCAGGCCUCCCCCCAUCAGGCACCUGUCCUGUCUCUGGACCCUUAUAUACUGGAGUUUUACUCUAGAGUCAGACAGCGCUGGGCCACAAGUGCUGAAGACCUUCGGAAUGUGAGCGUUCUCUCUGUGGGUGGUGGUCACCUUGACUUCCAGGUGCGCUCUGGUUUGACAGCGCUGUCCUGCCCCAACGAUGACCUCAAUAAGAUGUCAGUAGUGGCAACUGCAGUUCCCCGAAGCUGGCUUUCCACAGAUCAUAUUUCCAUUGUUUGGUGCAAGGAGCUGGUUUUGGCCACAGUCCGGGUGUUGUUCGACCUAAUUGAACCUGAAACCGGGCAGUUCACAGAGAGUCCUCAGAAGCGGAUGUCAGUGCUGAACUAUCACUUCUUUAGACAUCCAGUGCUGAAACCUGGAGGAGCACAGGAUGACCCUGUCACUUUCUCAGCUCCUCCCGAGGCGUGGAAGGAGGUCAACACGCUCCGUCUGUUCUACAGUGCCCCCAAGGAAGCGCAAGUCAAGUACUUCCUGUUUGCUCUCUCCAGCCGAAGGAAAGCUUACAGUCAUUUCCACUGCCGCAGUAAUAAUAUGGAUAUGACCAGCUGGUUGUAUGGCUGCACACAGAUGAGUGGCUCAAUGUGUGUUCAGGCAGUAGAUCUCUCAUCUCAGACAGAACUUCUUCCAGUUUAUAAGGCUGUAACAGUAAAAAUCAGUGAGCUUUUGUCUGUUUCUCAUCUCAUCAUUGAUGCCUCAAACCCCAGUGGAGCACAGUUUGUGGUGGAGUGUGAGCUGCAGAGAGAGGAGAGCUUGACCGUCUCUGUGCAGGUGCCUCAUGUGCUGUCCUCUGGUCUGACUGUCAGUGACAUCAGCAUUAACUCCUCUGGGCUGCUUCAUACACUUCAGCUUCAAGACUUUCAUCAGGUUUAUCAAGCUUUUAGAAUAACUAUCACGAGUCACUGCAAAACCACUAAAGACAGACUGCCCAGUGUGUACAGACUGAGGGUACCAUGGUUUCAUGAAGACUCCUUUGAUAUUGCAAGUAUUCCUUCGGUAUCUGAAAUCUACAGCGUGCUUCACUCGAGCUGCCCAGACAACGCCUCCAGUGCCCUCCUGCAGCUCCACACUGCCACCAACUGCCAAUACAAGGUGUCUAUUCGGACUUCGUUUCCCAAAGUGCUUGGGCAGAUUCUGCGUUUCUGUGGUCCAGUUCUCCCUGUCUACUCGGCUGUAAUGCUUCUUCUGAUGAUCGGGGCUCAGCUGAGCUCCAUCAAAAGAUCUGGACAUCCUGUUGGAAUCCAAGAGAGCAUGAGUAAAUCCUUACAGCUCCACAAACUGGAACUGCCCAUCCUCCUCCUGCUGCUGCUACUCAGGCAGAGCUGGUUUCAGGAUGUCUGGUCCUCUCUGGGUCUCCCUGCGGUGGAUGCUCUUCCUCUAAACUCUGCAGAGGACCUAUCCCAGGAUCCAAAGGCCUUUAUGCAGGAAUGGCCCCGUCUAUUGUCUCCACUGCUCUGUGUGCUUGGUGCAUCCAUUGCAUUCUGGGGUAGCACAGUCCUCAGAGUGUUUGUCUAUUUCCUGUCCUUUUUUCUUGCUCCACUGCACAGACCUUCAGUGUCUCGGGACUGCGGCACACUUGGUCUUCAUUCUCAGAUUCUCCUGAUUAUCUUUCUGAGUGUGCUGGGAGGCGUCACCUGCGGAGCGCUGGCUCUGAUGCUCUCCUCUCUUCUCCACCUCUACAGGGUACUUAGAUUACAGAUGACUGAGAGAUCACUGAGCCACAUGUUGAACCUGGCACCCCAGAAAGUUUCACAAAACUCUGAAAAUGGUUUUGGUGCCAGUGAUGGUCACAGUAAGGUUAAAGAAUGUAACGGCAGCCAUUUACUGUCAGAAUCAGUGCUACAGGACGUCAGAGAUGAUCUGCAGCUCCACUGUAGUCUGGCCACACUGCUUACUUUUACCAUGAUGCUCAGUGUCCCUUCCCUUAUCCACUGGAUGCAUAAUCUCAGAUAUUGGAUUCAUCUGGAUCCGGACCCCUGCUGGCCACACACUGUACCUCUUCUCAUCAGCUCUGUGCUGCUCAUCGGCUGUAACACACAUCAUCUUCUACGCAGCAAACUGAUGCUGAAUCUGACACUUCAUCUACUGUUGCCGCUGUGUGUGGGCAUGCUGGCUUUUUGUCCGCUGCACAUUUAUAGAGUCACUUAUUUCCUGUCUACAGCACUGACCCUUUUGGUCUGUUCUUGCUACUUUUGACCUCCCUUCAAACUUGAAAUGUGAGUCUGCACUGAGAUUAGAAAAAUACCUGGGCCUUGUAUAAACUCCGACCAGAUUAGACCAAAACAGCCUUAAAACCCUGUGUGUUUUCAGUGGGGUCACAUGGACUAGUGACAUCAGUGGACCAGCACAUCUGGAGUCAUGGGACUUGUUGUUUGUCAUCAUUUGUAGCUUCUGUAACGGGUGAUAUGUCUGUAUUCAUGAGCAAUGCCUCUUGUUCAUGAGGCUAGUUUCCCAGACACACAUUAAGCCUCGGCCAGAACUAAACUAAUGUCUAAAACGGUAUUUAAUCAGUGUCUGAGAAACUAGCCUGUACUGGUAUAUGUGUGUGUGUGUUGGGGGUGCGAAUAUGUAGAUUAAUUAUAAAGGUCAACAUGAAGUCAUAAUUGGUAAGGAUACACAAUUAUAAUUUUUUUUAAAUAUAAAUUUAUUAAAUUAUUGUUAUUUUUCAGUAUCCGGUAUUUAUCUGGUAGUUGUUUUUCAUUUUAAGUGAUUUAUUUUUACUUUAUUGAUGUGAUCUUUUUUCCGUAUCAGCUAGAAUUUUAAAAAUGGUGCCCUAUCAAUUGACCCUGUUUACUUCCUGAUUUUGUGACUCCUCAGUGCAUGUUGUUCAAAAGAUUUAUUUUAAUAAAUAUUGAGAAUUGGAGCUGACUCAGGACACCACCUGCAUUUGUGCCAAUCUAAAUAAAUAUCAAUUCAUUUAUUUUAUUUUACUUAUUGAUUAUGAUUGUGGUGUGGAUAGUGACUGAAAAGUUCAUAUUAUCAUAGUAAAUGUAUUAUAAAACCAUUGGGAGCUGUUCUGUUCGCUUUAAUCUUAUCACUUAAUUUGCCUCCGUUCUGAAUGACAUUAUCAAUAAUUUGUAAUCACAUUACAGCAGAUUUUUAGUUUAAGAAGAAAAGCUGCAGAAAAGUUCAUUCAAUAAUGUCGCAUUAUGGAAGUAAAAUGAGUUACGAAUGCAUUUUCAUGUUGACUUUUAAGGGUGUUAAAGCAGCUUUAGGUGUUUGUUCAGCUUUUCUGCAAUUCACAUGACUGUGUGUGUGUGACUGGAUCUCUUUGCAUAUUCUGUCUUCAGUCUGUCAGCCUUAAGCCAUUUAGCUCUGAAUGCACAUGUAAUGCCUGUAAAGUGCUGAAGUACCUCUGUGUUUGACCGAUCACUUGUUCUUAACACUCUUUUGCAUUAGACGAAGCUGUAAGGCAAGUCUGAGUAGUAUAACAUUCCAUCUGGAUGUGUUAUCUUGAGUUUCGUGAGAUGCAAUAUGAUGAUUUUAUAUAAAUGUGCACAAUUUGUGGUGUUAAAAAGACAUCACAGCUACGUUUAUGGAUAAAGUGCAGUCUUUAUAACCUGAGACAAAUGAUUAGAAACACUGUCAAAGUAGCCAGAAGAUUGUUGCUGUCUGCACAGCUUUUUUUGAUGAAUGCUGUUGAUGUGUGAUCUGUGUCCCUCACACGUUACUCAGCAGCAUCCAUCUGAUCCGUCAUCCUUUGGUUAGCUCAUGACGGCAGAUAGUCUGAUUCAGGAUCACUUACCUAAGAGCUGAAAUUUUACUUUGUCAUCCAAAAUCAAAUGAGAGAAUGGUGCCUUUCUUGUAAUAAGCCCCUGCUCUUUUAAUACCCUUUAGCAAUUUAACCUUGUUAUGUCUGUCAGUCCAUCCAAGUAGUCUGAUAUUUAACCGGAUGUCCCCCUCUCACAGGAUGUACCUGACCAGAAACACAAAAUUGUGUCUUCUGCACUGUGACUGUACCUGACUGUGUGUAUGUAAUCAUUUUGCAGUGAGCUUUGAUGUUUGCUGUUUUUUUUAUGCUAUGUUGCAAUCUUGCUCUGCCUCAUGCUAAAAUUGAGCUGUUUUUGUGGUGAACGUGUGAAAGGCUACCUUUUUUCUAUAAAUAUGAUUGUUUUCACUGGUGUGAUCACUGUGAUGUGCCACAAUAUUUGGAGGCCAGGAUCUGAUUAUAUGUCUUGAAACAAGAACUGCUAAUUCAGAAAUAGAUCUGUCCUGAUCAUAUGACACUGAAGCCAAACGGAUCCAACAACACUUUAACAAUGCAGCAAUGUUUGUUUGUAUUGAUGCUAGUGAGGCUUCUGCUAAAAUAUUCAGCAAGAGUGCAUUACAUUCUUUUAAAAAAAAAUGUUUUGUAUAAAAAUUGUUUUAAAUAAAUGCUAUUGUUUUUAACUUUUUAUUCAUUAAUAAAUCCUGAAAAAUGA